GGGGGUGGUUGGUAAUCUCCUACACCCAUAUUGACAUAACUGUAACCACCCCAGCUUGGCAGUGACGUCAGACAACCAGUUUAAACAAAAAUGGCCAGGAUCAUGUCUGCUGAAGGUUCCCACACUUGGACAAGAUCAGACGAGCUCCAUCGUGUAACAGAGCAGGAAAUCCCACAGCUGCUAGCCUGGCUUGAGCAAGAUUUACCUCAGUCUUUAUCACUGUACGGUGUUGUCAGAGAACAUAUCAGAACAAAAUGGCCAGGUUUUCAGUUCUACACCAUCGGGUGGCCAAACAUACAAGCAGCGGCCACGGGCCAUGUUGACGUCAACUGUGGGUGUGUUGAAUACUUUCAAUCCCCAACCGUGCAUUAUCUUUACGCUAGUGACGUCAGAUCCGCCCAGUUUUUGUUUUCGUGGCCAGGACUUUUUGACUGGAACAAGCCGGCAAUUAUUGAAUACACAGACAAAUUGACGCCAGGGAUCCACGACCACUUCCGGUCCAUAUUGUCCUAUGUGCCUUAUGAGGAGACGUAUCACACAAUGAUGGCACUGAGUGGUGACCUCACUAAAAGCAGACGACAAAUACCAGACGAACUGAUUAUCUCCCCUUUAGAACCAAAACGAGACGCUGCCUGUAUGAACUCGACCUGGAGAUACACAACUGAGCACUCGGAGAAAUAUUUCGAACAACUGAUUCUCCGCUUUCCUUCUCGUGGGGUCUUUGAUAGGUCUGGUCAGUGUCUGGGUCACGUGGUCGGUACAGAGUCAGGAACUGUUGGAGUUCUUUACGUGGUUCCAGAAAUGAGACGCCGCGGCCUGGGUCAGAUGCUGCUACGUGGGAUAUCUGAGGCUUACUUCGACCUUGACCUCCCGUGUUUCGGCUACUGUCACGUGGACAACGUCCAAUCGUUGAAGCUGUUUGAGACGUUAGGGUUCAAAAACAUCGGCACAUCAAAAUACACGUUUUACACACCAUCGUGAAGACAUGUUUUACACACCAUUGUGAAGACAGACAUGUUUUACACAUCAUCGUGAAGACAUGUUUUACACACCAUCGUGAAUACAUGUUUUACACACCAUCAUGAAGACAUGUUUUACACACCAUCGUGAAUACAUGUUUUUCACACCAUCGUGAAUACAAGUUUUACACACCAUCGUGAAUACAUGUUUUACACACCAUCGUGAAGACAUGUUUUACACACCUUCGUGAAGACAUGUUUUACACACCAUCGUGAAUACACGUUUUACACACCAUCGUGAAUACAUGUUUUACACACCAUCGUGAAGACAUGUUUUACACACCAUCGUGAAUACAUGUUUUACACACCAUCGUGAAUACACAUUUUACACACCACCGUGAAGACAUGUUUUACACUACAUCGUGAAUACAUGUUUCACACAUCAUCUUAAUGACAAAUAGCGCAGUGUCGUCCCAUUGUGUGUGUAUUUUAU